UUCACCUACACAUCAGAGAAACAGAACCUCUCUCUCUCUCCGAGGAAGGCACCCGACUGCGAGAGACCCUCUUUCUAUUUCCUCUCUCCCAAUAUUUAUUUCCAAUCAGCUCCUUCAGCUGUCAGAUUUUCAAGGAAUCCAGAAGGUUCUUGAUCAGAGAACAUUUUUUUUUUUAUUUAUUUUUAGUUUCCGACAGAGACUAAUGCAACAGUGCAUAUUGGACAAUGGCUGUUCAAACUUCUGUCAAUUCAGUAUAUGAUGACUUUGAUGAGGAAGAUGGGCCUACAAUUUUCAAAAGGAGUAAACAAACGGCUAAGCAAAGUCCAUUAAAUUCAGAAGUAAAGAAGUUAUCGUCUCAAAGGCAUGAUGGACACUCCGGGAGGCAGGUAUCUGAUCUACCUGCUUCCAAUGGUCAGAACUCCUGUUUGCAGAAGGGUAAGAUGGUUACAUCUAAUAAGGCAUCACCAGUUAAAUCUCCUGCGGCUAUCCCAAAAGCAUCAACUUCAUCUGUCAAGGCAUCACCUGAGAAGUCACCCAUAGCAAAUCCGAAGACAUUGAAUACGUUGGAUGGUAAGGCAAAGCAUUCAGCCGAACGCAACACACCAGCAUCUGUUAAGGAGGAAAAGAAAUCAUUUGCAGAAAAUGGUGAUUCUGAGGAUUCGGAAGAUGAUAAACCAUUGAGUACCAGACUCAAGGGGAACUCCAACCAUACCCACAAAGGGCUCAGCAAACCUGCUUUUACAACAUCACUGCCAUCUGUAUCAAAAAGUAUUGUCAAAACAUGUUCUGAAGAGUCUGAUGAUGAAGUUCCAUUGUCUUCAAGGUUCCCAUUGAAAUCCAAUGUGGGUACUUCCAGUAGUAAACCAUAUAAUUCUGGUGAUAAAAAGCCUCUGGGUUCAACAAUUCAUCGAAAUGGUUCCACCUUGAGGGAUAAACAACAGAAAUCUUCCAUGCUAACGGGUAAGAGACCUCUAGAUAAGGCCAAUUCCUCAGAACAAUCUUCAGUUAAAAAGACGAAGCUCUCUGAUACACAAACACCUAUGAAGAUUAAGCAAGCGUCAGUCAAAGCAGAACAAAAGGCCGAUGAUGAUGACCAUAUUCCAAUUGCCCAAAGAAUAAAGUCAUCAACAUCACUUAAUAAAUCUUCUUUCACAAAGCAAAAACCAUUGAAAGUGGGUUCAGCAUCAUUCAAGAAAACAACUAAAAUGUCAAAGAAUGCAGCAAAAAACUCAAAAUAUAUAAAGUCGACAAAAAUGACACCCAGCUCUGGUGAUGGACAGAAGAAAUGGACUAACCUGGUUCACAAUGGCGUCAUUUUUCCUCCUCCAUACAAGCCUCAUAGAGUGAAGAUGCUUUAUAAUGGAAAGCCAGUUGAUUUGACUGCAGAUCAAGAGGAGGUUGCCACUAUGUAUGCAGUGAUGAAAGAUACAGAUUACAUGCAGAAAGAUAAGUUCAAAGAAAAUUUCUGGACUGAUUGGCGGAAGUUACUUGGGAAAAACCAUGUGAUUCAGAGCUUAGAGAAAUGUGAUUUCACGCCAAUAUAUGACUGGUGCCAACAGGAAAAAGAGAAGAAGAAACAAAUGAGCACAGAAGAGAAGAAGGCCUUGAAGGAAGAUAAAUUGAAACAGGAGGAGAAGUAUAUGUGGGCCAUCGUUGAUGGUGUUAAAGAAAAGGUUGGAAACUUCAGAGUUGAGCCACCUGGAUUAUUUCGAGGCCGUGGAGAGCACCCAAAGAUGGGAAAGCUAAAAAAACGCAUUCGCCCUAGCGAUAUUACAAUUAAUAUUGGAAAGGACGCUCCAAUUCCAGAGUGCCCCAUCCCUGGCGAAAGCUGGAAGGAAGUAAGACACGAUAAUACUGUUACAUGGUUAGCUUUCUGGAAUGAUCCAAUCAAUCCAAAGGAAUUCAAGUAUGUGUUCCUAGCAGCUAGUAGUACAUUGAAGGGGCAAAGUGACAAGGAAAAAUAUGAGAAAGCAAGGAUGCUUAAGGACUACAUAGAAAACAUCCGGGCUGCAUACACGAAGAAUUUUACAAGUAAAGAUGUCAUGAAACGGCAAAUUGCAGUUGCUACCUAUCUUAUUGAUAAACUAGCUCUGAGGGCUGGCAAUGAGAAGGAUGAUGAUGAGGCCGAUACUGUUGGUUGCUGCACAUUGAAAGUAGAGAAUGUAAAAGCAGUAGCCCCAAACACAUUGGAGUUUAACUUCCUUGGUAAAGAUUCAAUUAGAUACGAAAAUAAAGUUGAAGUUGAGCUUCCUGUUUACAAGGCAAUUAUACAGUUCCAAGCUGGAAAGCGUGGCUCUGAUGAUCUUUUUGACCAGCUGGACACCAGUAAAUUAAAUGCUCAUCUGAAAGAACUCAUGCCUGGCCUUACAGCAAAAGUCUUCCGUACAUAUAAUGCAUCCAUUACAUUGGAUGAGAUGUUGAAUAGGGAAACUAGGAAUGGAGAUGUUGCAGAGAAAAUUGUAGUUUACCAGCACGCCAACAAGGAGGUCGCAAUCAUUUGUAAUCAUCAGCGGAGUGUUUCAAAAUCUCACAGUCAACAAAUGUCAAAAUUAAAUGAGAAGAUUAGCCAGCUUCAGAGCUUGCUGAAAGAGUUGAAGACAGAUUUGGACAGGGCAAGGAAAGGGAAGCCCCCAUUAAAGAAUGCUGAUGGAAAACGAAGGAACUUGGCUCCUGAAGCGAUAGAGAAAAAGAUUGCUCAAACCAAUGUAAAGAUCGAGAAAAUGGAACGGGAUAUGAAGACCAAAGAAGAUCUGAAAACCGUGGCAUUAGGCACAUCAAAAAUUAACUACCUUGACCCUCGGAUCACAGUCGCAUGGUGCAAGCGGCAUGAAGUUCCCAUUGAGAAGAUAUUUAACAAGUCUCUUCUAGCGAAGUUCGCCUGGGCGAUGGACGUAGAUCCUGAUUUCAGAUUCUGAUAUUUGGAAACGAUGCUUGCUUGGCCUCUCCUUCACCGCCCCUUCACCCACCCAAAUCACAAGUCCUCUUUGUUUUAUCCUUUUCCAUUAAAGCUACUCACAAUUUUUUAUUUCUUUUUUCUUUUUUUUAAUUCUCAAUAUCCAGCGGAAAAUUUGAUGUAGUAUGUUCGUCUAAUCUAAUUAUGGGUUGAGUUGCCCUUUUUCCU